CAAACUGCGCUGCUCUCAUUGUUCGAUCGUCACGUCAUGGAAAGAGUUACUGCGUUUCUGCUUAAAGUAAAGAAAUACUUCACCAAAAACUCUUCACUGGCCUGUUGAAUCACAUCUCGAAGGAAAUACUACGACUACACCGCGAUCUGAAGCGGAUCUGUGGAUUAUAAAGAUGCUUUAGCUGAACUUUUCUUCUUCUUUUGUUGGCGGAAUGCACUGGACGCGUUUAUUUCCCAUCCGAAAUGUUUUCAUCUGGAAUUUAGGUUAACCGGAAUUGCAAAACAGCUGUUUGUGUUUGUUUUUACCAUAGUUUACACCAUGCAAGAUGGCUAAAACCAUCACAUAGUUACGAGGAAGCCCUGAACUGAAUGCGUUUGCCGGUGUCUCACAUCUGCUGGUCGGGAUUUGUGGAUUUAUGGGUUUAUUUGUUUUUUUGCGGUUGAAGAUUCUGGUUUUGCGGAAUAAUGAAACGGCAUAAAGUAAGGCAAGUUUGGAGAAUAACAACAACCUGACAGGGGGAGUCCAACAUGUAAUACUUUAUUUACAAAUGUAGAAUAUUGGAUAUUAUAUUUUCAUAAAAUCUCAUUUGUUGUAGCAUCUCUAAAAAACUCUACUAUAUCUACUAUAAUAUUAUAUGUUACCAAACUACUAGUUUAGUUUAAAAGUGCUAUGAAUACAUUAUCAACCAGUGCUGUACUGUACCUCAAGUUUACUUUUAAGUUAUCUUUGUUUUGCUUUGAUCUAAUAUGAGGUAAGGGGGACUUAUUUUCUGCACAUUUUUGCUGGCAAACGUUACAAAAAUGUCCCUGAGAGCCAAAGCCCUCUACACUUUCCAAAGCGAGAACAAGGAGGAGAUCAACAUCCAGGAGAAUGAGGAGCUGGUGAUUUUUGAUGAAAACUCAGUAGAUGGCUGGCUGCAAGGUGAAAACAGCAGAGGAGAGCGAGGUCUGUUCCCGGCCUCAUAUGUCCACAUUAUCCGGCGCAGAUCUGGAUCCAACCUGACAGACCAAUCCUUUAGCUCACCUGGAAGUUCUCCUGGAAAAGAUUUAUCAUAUAUCCACACACCCUCCACAACCCUGCCUAGCGACGAUGAUGAUGAUUGGGACGACUGGGAUGAAACUUCAACAGUCGUUGAGGAUGAAGAUCCUCGAAGAGGAGCCAAUGGACAUUCCCAAAACCAAUACUCUAACCCAAACGUCCACUACCGCAGCAAGCCUUACAUGGACCGCCAGGACAGCAUGUCCAGCAACAGAAAGGGCAGUAUGGUCGGCAGGAACUUGAAUCGAUUCUCCAGCUUUGUGCGUUCAGGCGUGGAAGCCUUCAUACUUGGCGACGUUCCCAUGAUGGCUAAAAUCGCAGAGUCUUACUCUAUUGAAAUGGGCCCGAGGGGCCCACAAUGGAUGGAUAACCCUCGUCCAUUCUCCUGUUCCAUUGAAGACCCAACAAAACAAACCAAAUUCAAAGGCAUUAAGACGUACAUCUCAUACCGUGUGACCCCUAGUCACACCGGACGGCCUGUGUAUCGACGUUACAAGCACUUUGACUGGCUCUACAACAGACUACUACACAAAUUCACAGUCAUCUCCGUACCGCACCUUCCAGAAAAACAAGCUACAGGACGAUUCGAAGAAGACUUCAUCGAGAAGCGAAAGAGGAGGCUUAUUUUAUGGAUGGACCACAUGACUAGCCAUCCCGUGCUGUCUCAGUAUGAAGGUUUCGAACACUUUCUGAUGUGCGGAGAUGAUAAACAGUGGAAGCUCGGGAAAAGGCGAGCGGAGAAGGAUGAGAUGGUCGGUGCUCAUUUCAUGCUAACCUUCCAGAUCCCCAAUGAGCAUCAGGACCUUCAGGAUGUCGAGGAGCGCAUUGACUCCUUUAAAUCGUUCGCCAAAAAGAUGGAUGACAGCGUGAUGCAGCUUACGAACGUUGCGUCGGAAUUAGUCCGCAAACACCUCGGAGGAUUCAGGAAGGAGUUUCAGAGGCUGGGAAAUGGGUUUCAGUCCAUUAGCCAAUCGUUCCUGUUGGAUCCCCCGUAUAGUUCGGACGCUCUGAGCAAUGCAAUCUCACACACGGGACGCACCUACGAGAACAUCGGGGAGAUGUUUGCAGAUCAACCCAAAAAUGACCUGUUUCAGAUGCUGGAUAAACUGUCGCUGUACCAGGGCCUGCUGUCCAACUUUCCAGACAUCAUCCACCUGCAGAAAGGAGCUUUUGCAAAGGUUAAAGAGUCUCAGCGUAUGAGCGACGAGGGGAAGAUGGAUCAAGGAGAAGCGGACGGCAUUCGCAAACGCUGCAGGACUGUGGGUUUCGCCCUGCAGGCCGAGAUGAACCACUUCCACCAGAGAAGAGAGGUGGAUUUUAAAGAGAUGAUGCAAGCCUAUCUGCGCCAACAGAUCGCCUUUUACCAGCGUGUAGGUCAGCAGUUAGAGAGAACCCUUCGCAUGUAUGAUAACCUCUAGAUCCCCGAGCGCUGACCUCUGACCUGUGAUGGAGAUACAACACUCCUGUGGACGGAUUUACAGGAGCGUUUUACUGCAAAAGACAGGAGAAACUGGACAUUCUAGCUUCUGCACUUAAAAAUGUCACUUUUAAACACAGAAACCAAUGAUACAGUUGCUUUUGAUAAGCCUUUAUGUAUAUCCUCAUGUUUUGAGUUUUAUUUAAACGUCCCGAAGUGACACACACGUUUUUCUUUUAAUACUCAGAGAGUCAUGUGUGCGAAUGACGUUACCUGUGUGUUAGCAGGUGCAGAUGCUAAACCGACUCCAAAAAUGGUCAUGUGACGCAACUUGUUUGCACAAUAGUUUGCCAAAAGACAUGAUUAUCUCUUGAAUAGUCACAUUUUGACAGCGCGUUUUAUCCAGGCGCAAUGCAAAAAGGUCUUAAAUGCUGUUAAAUGUUCUACUUAUGUGGGAUGUGGUGAGUUGCUCCGCCCACUCUGAAAUCCCAUUGGUCUAAAAAUCUGUUUAUGUGUGGUGCUGAGUUGCUCCGCCCACUCUGAAAUCCCAUUGGUCUAAAAAUCUGUUUAUGUGUGGUGCUGAGUUGCUCCAUCCACAUUGAAUUGGCAGUGGUCCAUAAAACGAUUUAUGUGACGUGUUGACUUGCUCCGCCCACUCUGAAAUGCCAUUGGUUGGAAAACCUGUUUAUGUGUGGUGCUGAGUUGCUCCGCCCACUCUGGAAUCCCAUUGGUAUGAAAAUCUGUUUGUGUAGUGCUGAGUUGCUCCGCCCACAUUGAAUUGUCAUUGGUCCAUAAAGCGGUUUAUGUGAUGGGCUCAGUUGCUCCGCCCACUCUGGAAUCCAAUUGGUCUGAAAAUCUGUUUGUGUGGUGCUGAGUUGCUCCGCCCACAUUGAAUUGGCAUUGGUCCAUAAAACAAUUUAUGUGAUGAACAAUUUAUCCGCCCACUCUGAAAUCCCAUUGGUUGGAAAACCUGUUUAUGUGUGGUACUGAGUUGCUCCGCCCACAUUGAAUUGGCAAUGGUCCAUAAAGUGGUUUACAUGAUGUUGAGUUGCUCCGCCCACUCUGAAAUCCCAUUGGUCUGAAAAACUGUUUGUGUGAUGCUGAGAUACUCCGCCCACAUUGAAUUGGCAUUGGUCCAUAAAGUGGUUAAUGUGAUGUGUUGAGUUGCUCCGCCCAUUUAGAAAUCCCAUUGGUCAAAAAAAAAAAAAACAACUCCGCCCACAUUGAAAGUCCAAAUGUCAAUUUACGAGUUGUUCCUCCCACACUGAAAUCCCACUGGUUUCAAAAAACCUGUUUACGUGAUAUACUGGGUUGCUCCACCCACAUUGAAAUCCCAAAAGUCUGUUUACUUGAUAUGGUGAGUUGCUGCGCCCACACUGAAAGGCCAUUGGAUAAAAAAGCCUGUUUAGUCAUGUGCUGAGUUGCUCCGCCCACAGUGAAAUCCCAUUGAUUCAAAAAGCUUGUUUACAUGUCGUGCUGAGUUGCUAUGCCAAAACUGAAACUCUAUCAGUCCAAAAGCAUAAUGUAAUGAACUGCCCCGCCCCCACACUGCAAUCCAAUUGGUCCAAAAGCCUGUUUAUGUAAUGAUCAAAGUUGCUCCGCCCACACUUCUAUCCGACUGAUCUAGCAUCCUGUUUGUGUUGUGCUGAGCAGCUCGCCUGUAAUCCCAUUGGUCUGAAAAUCAGUUUUUAUGUAAUCUGCUGACUUGCUCCACCCACAAUGAUAUCUCAUUGGCCCAAAAGCUCAUUUUUGUGAUGUAUUGAUUUGCUUCACCUGCAAUGAAAUUUGAUUGGUCCUAAAGAUAUAGAUAUAUGAAGUUUUGAGUUGCUCCGCCCAUACUGAAAUCCCAUUGGUUUGAAAAAAUGUUUUUAUGUGAUUAUGCUGAUAUGCUUUCUCCACCCACACUAAAAUUUCACUGGUUUAAAAGUGUUUAUGUAAUGUACUGAACUGCUCCACCCACAAUGAAAUCUCAAUGGCCCAAAAUGAAUUACUGAAUUACUCCACCCACAAUGAAAUUUGAUCGGUCCAAAAGCCUUAUGUGAUGUGCUGAGUUGCUCUGCCCACAAUAAAAUCUCAUUGGCCAAAAACAUUUUUAUGUGAUAUGCUGAAUUGCACCGCCCAUAAUGCAAGCUCAUUGGCUCAGAUGACCAUUUAUGUCAUGUUCUCAGUUGCUCCACCCACAACAAAAUUGUACUGGUCCAAAAGCAUUUUUAGGCAAUGUGCUGCAUUGCUCCACCCACAAUGAAAUUUGAUUGGUCAAAAAUUAUGUGUUGUGCUGAGUUGCUCCGCCCAUAAUGCAAUCUCUUUUGCCCUAAUACCCAGUUAUGUCAUGUGCUGAAUUGCUCCAUCCACAACGAAAUUUAAUUGGCCCACAAGUCUUUUUACGUGAUGUGUUGAGUUGCUCCGCGCAUAAUGCGAUCUCAUUGGCCUAAAUGCCCAUUUAUGUCAUGUGCCGAAUUGCUCUGCCCACAAUGCAAUUUGAUUGGUCAAAAACUGUUAUGUGUUGAGCUGAGUUGCUCCCGCCAAAAUGCAAUCUCAUUGCCCAAAUACCCAGUCAUGUCAUGUGCUGAGUUGCUCCACCCAUAAUGCAAUCUCAUUGGCCCAAAUGUUCAUUUAUCUCAUGCGCUAAAUUGCUCCACCCACAACGAAAUUUAAUUGGCCCACAAGACUUUUUAUGUGAUGUGCUGAGUUGCUCCACCCAUAAUGCAAUCUUAUUGGUCCAAAUGCCCAUUUAUAUCAUGUGCUGAGUUGCUCCACCCACAAUUAAAUAUGAUUGGUCCGAAAUCCUUUUAAUGUGAAGUUUGGAGUUGCUCCACCCACACCCAAAUCCCAUUGGCCUAAAAAUCUCUUUUUAUAGGAUGUGCUAAAUUGCUCCGCCCACAAUGAAAUCUAAUUGGUCCAAAAGCCUGUUCUAAUAAUUCUAUUGAACAUUUUUGUAUUUGUUUUGUUUUCGGCAACCCAAAUAAUGACCUGACACUUAAAACAUUGGAACGAUAAAUUAGUUUGGACUAAACGAGCAAGAAAUAAGCCCACAGAGAGAGUUUGUGUGACUCCUGCUCACUACCAGGCACAUUUAAUCAGAAGAAAUGUUCAUCCAUCUCCCCUCAGGCGGCAGGAGAUUCCUCAGCUUACGUGAAAGUAAGUUUCCUGAUCGAAUACAGACCGAAAGCCAUAUGAUAUUCAUCAGCGCCUCAAAUGAAUCACAGCAGGCUUGUGGAGAACAUCUCUUCCACGCUGUCCGGUACUAAUUUUUUCUAGUGUUAUUAAGACAGAACAUGUUUCCUUUUGUGAAUUUCUUGGGCAAGAAUCCCCACACCCAGAGAUUCAGCAUAUCAGAUGGAAACGCUUCAGUGUUAGCAUUAGCUUUUACCAUGCAUUCAGGGUGUUUCUAAAUUCGUGUUCUCCAUCUGAUGUGCCCUCAGGAAAAACUUGAGAGGAUUUUGAGCCUGUGUUAAAUGGUUUUUGUUUCAAAAGUAGGCUAAUCUUUAUUUUUAGUUGCUAGGUUUAAGGGUUUAUGUAAGUCUGCAGUCUGCGGUUAAGAGUUGUGUGGUUUUUUUUACAAUGCCUUUGGUCAAACUGUAAAACUUGUCUCAAGUUUCAGAUUGUAAAUGUGGAUGUUUACUGUUUGCACUCUUAGUAACUGAGGACCAAAAUGUACACCUUUGGGU